AUGUAUUGGAUUGAUUUCACUGAUCUCUCUAUUUCAAUUGCGGUUGUUUUUUUUUUGUUUGGCAGGGGAAUUGUAUUGGAGCCUCGUUGUCCCAAGAGCGUAGAUGGGAUUAGCAUUGACCCUGAGCCUAAUUGGAAUUUCGAUAGCUUGGUCUCUGAAAUCGAGUCUGUUGAAAAGAAGCUCAAUGCCUUUUCAAAGUUUCUACGGCCAUUCACUAAGAAAACCUUCCGGACGGGAAGUAGCGGUAGUGGUGGAGGAUUUGUAAUGCGUGUAUCUGAAGAUGAGGUGGAGAGUGAUGAAGAUGAAGAUGGUGAUGAUGAUGAAGAAGAAGAAGAAGAGCAUCGUCAAAUCUGUACAGGGGGGAAACGUUUUGCUUGUGAUGAGCUAUACAUGAGUGAUGAAUCUGAUUCUGAUGAUGAGUUUGAUUGUGAACCUGAGACCUUUUUGAUGAAUAAGAUGGGUCUGGCUGAGACUGCCUUAUAUGAGGUGGUCAAUGAACACGAAGCCGAAGUUAAGGAAGAUAUUAGGAAUCAAGUAUCAGUUGUUGAAGCAGAAUUAAUGAACGAGAUUGAAACGUCUCGCGAUGCAAUAGCCCGGGUUGAAAAGUACAGAGAGACUAGAAAAGAAGUUGAACGGAAACUUGAUCUUCAGUAUCAGCGAAAAGUUGCUGAAGCACUUGAUAAUCAUCUGACUGCAGUCCAACAUGAGCAUAAAAUCAAAUCGCAAAUAGAAGAAAGAAAAUUAAGGAGCGAGGAAGCUCAAGAGGAAGCUAGGAGGAGAGAAAGGGCACAUCAAGAAGAGAAAAUACGUCAAGAAAAAGCUCGUGCAGAGGCUGAGAUGCAAGCAAAAAUUAGAGCUGAAGAAGCAAAGAAAGAAGCUGAGAGAAAGGCAGCCAAAGAAGCAGCUGAAAAGGAAGCAGCAGAUCGCAAAGCUGCUGAACAAAAAGUUGUGGAAGAGAAGGCUGUGACAGAGAGAGUUAGUGUUCCCGGGGAUAAAUCAAUCCAAGCUGCCGAAAGUGCUUUGACUGCGGAGAAGCACAGAUUGAAGAAGCUCGAAGAGUUAGAAGCAAUGAACCAAUCUCUAAAAUCACGUCCAAAUGAGGACUUUAAAAGCUUUGAGAUGCAUAUUUCAAGGGUGAUAAAACAAAUAAGGGGUACAAAGGAGAAUGUAAGCAAUAAAAGCAACGAAAUUGUCAAAAUAUUAAAGGACCCUCGUUGUCCGGUGUCCAUCACUAUUGCAGCUUUUGCCAAGAAGAUUGUCUCCGCUCAGGACCCUUUCGCAGGCAGCUACGUAAUUGUUUAUGUCACCUCCCAGGUCCCAGAAGCUAUGGAAAUUCUUCUAGCUGAAUUCCACAAAGCUUGCAUAUACACAGUCCCAAAGCAUAUUCUUAACUCACAGUCAGCUUUGGACUCAGACGCAUAUCAACGCAUAGAUUCCACAAUGAGACUCUACGGUGCACUUGUCCAGACAGAUAUUCGGGAUCGCAAUGGUACCAACAUUAACAUUCAUGGGAUCGAAAACGGGUGGGCUUGGUUAGCCCGGUUCCUUAACAAAAUCGCAGCCAACAGAGCUACCGCAACAGCCUUGAUCGCAUUUCUCCAGGCGGCAGGGUUUGGUCUUCACCAGAGAUACAAGUCUCAAUUCGUGAAAGUUCUGAGCGUUGUCAAAGAGCAUUUCUUGGCGAAGCUGAAGGCGAAGAAGGACACGUCGGAUUUACAAACGAUCAUACUCGAUAUCGCGACGUACGUAGAUGACAGGAUGUAUCUUACGGAACCUGAAGGAAGAGCUCUGAAGGCGAAUCUUUUGUCGAAAUCGGCGGAGUUUACUGCUGAAGUAAACCAGCCGAGCUACAACAAUCAACAUUACCAGAGGAAUUAUUACAGAAACUAUUGA